CGCAUCAACGGAGCGAUCAAAAUCCGUAUAUAAGAGUCGUGCUUGGGAUGACCAGCCUACUCAGUCGGAUCUGAUGCAAUCUCGGAGCACAUAUGCCAUGACGUCGUCGGUGGGCAAUGAUACGAAAACUGAGCGCUAUUCGUAUCCAUUCGCGGAUUUGGCGGACGAACGGACGCAGAACUGGCCACUGGUCAAGUCGCCCUGGAAUAUUAUCGCCCUGCUGGCCAUCUAUUUACUUAUGGUGCGCUACGCGCCCAAAUGGACAGCCAGGUGAGAUCGAGUCCAAGCAUCUCCACAGCCAUUUCAAGCCACCACUGGCCACUCGGAAUCUCAGGUACAAGCCGCUGCAGUUGAGAGUGCCCUUGUUUUGCCACAGCUUGGCAAUGAUAUUCCUCAAUGCUUAUAUUUGCCUGGAGUUCCUGACGGCUUCACUAAGUCUUGGCUACAACUUCGCAUGUCAGCAGAUGAGCCAUGAUCCACAUGAAAUCCGGAUAGCGGCAGCUUUUUGGUGGUUUUACAUCUCAAAGAUACUGGAAUUCGCAGACACGGCUUUCUUCAUCCUGCGCCACAAAUGGAACCAGCUGAGCUUCCUCCAUGUGUACCACCAUAGCACCAUGUUCUUGUUUUGCUGGAUUUAUGUCAAAUGGCUGCCGACGGGUUCCAUCUUCUUCCCAAGCAUGAUAAACUCCUUCGUGCACGUCAUUAUGUACAGCUAUUAUGCAUUGAGUGUGCUGGGUCCUCGAGUCCAGAAGUUCCUUUGGUGGAAGCGCUACUUAACUGGCCUCCAGCUGGUCCAGUUUACCAUUAUCCUCUUUUGGACAUUACAAUUAGUAUACCGUGGCUGUGAGUACGGAAAAUGGUUAGCCCCAAUCGGAGCUGCCUAUAUGGUGCCAUUUCUCUUUAUGUUCGGUAGGUUCUAUGCCCAAAAAUACAAUGUUUCGGCGGUUAUAAAGAAAGCCAAGUAA